AAAUCUGGAACGGACUACGGAAUACGGAUAUCCAUGCCACUUGCUCAGCAGGCCAACCCGCCGUUGCCUUCCCCUGAUCAAUGCUUGCAAGGGUGCACUUCUGCCAAGAGUGGACCUCUUCAUGAAUGACGUUAAUGACAUCAUCGUUGAUGCCCCUGUGUUGACACUGCUCAACUCUCUCCGCGAGUUCUACUUAACCUACUUAAGGGUUUCCAGUUGCAGAAAUCGUAAAACUGGGUUGCUCAAAGAGAAUCAACGAUUGAUGCAAAACACGAGAAGUCAAGAAUCAUCCACCAAAGUCACAUUACGCUCAACAUGUCUCAGUCCAAGGCCGACAAGAUCGAGCAGGCCAAGUCCAACCUGCCUCUCCCAGAACAGCCGCCCCAGGCUUCCGACUGGCAGUCGGCCGAUGCGCGCACCACGACGGCCUCCAGCGGCGGCGUCUCGGCCGGGGACGUGUCGACCGGCGCCGGCGUCACAUCGGGCCUCCGCGAGCCUGCCACCCGGGACACCAACGAGGUUGAUAUGAGCGGCAUCGGCCGUCAGGGAAAGGAGGGGCUGGAGGAGACUCCCAAGGACGCGCGGAGUUGAAGCGGUUGUGCGGAGG